AUGUGGUGGUAUAUGUGUCCCAUCGGCGCGCAGCAAUUCCAGGAAUUCGCCAACGAGACACUUCCCAUCCAGACUCACGAGCCCCUCGCCGAGGUGCUUGAGGAAAUCGGAAUUGGAUCCACAAACAACUCUCGCAGAGUCGUUGACUUCAACGCAUUCAUGGCUUCACGCGGAGACCGACCUAUCUACAGUCGCCUCAUGCUUCGCAAUGCCGCAAAUCAACUUCCUCUGAUUGGAGAAGGUCAAGAGAUUACCUUGACGACUUGCUUCGGUCAGACUGUGGUCCUCCAACCCAAGCGUGCCUGUCUUCCUGGGGAACAUCCCGUCUUAAGUUACCGGGGACCCCAUCACCUCGCUGUCUCUUCGCAGCACGAGAAGGCCAAGACAUGGCAUUUACUCCCAGUCCACGGCGAGUGUGAGAAAAUGGCGAUGGAAAAAAGCUAUCUGGCCAACGCGGCUACGUACUACAGCAAGUUCGCACAACUAGUCUCGUGGGGUGGCAGCAAGGCACGACCUACUUUUCUUGAAAGCGUCCAGAGCUUCAAGCAUACCGCUCCGAUCUCCAACAUUGUCUGCAUAGGCAUGGGAACCCUACACGGAUCUAACAUGGAGAGUGUAAAGUCGAUGUCAAAGCACGUUGUUGCUAGUACUCUCGCUCUAGAUCUCACCCGACUAUACAAGCAGAACGGCGUGCCACUCGAAAAUCCAAUCACGAUAAUCGCACAAGACUCCGCUUACACAGAACGUGACCGCGCAUUACUGUCUGAGCUACCAGUACCGAUCCAGACUGUGACCGAACCUGAGGGUUUUCUGGCCAUCAACGAAUCUUCGCUUGUGAUUUCCAGCUACUCUGGAGCUCCUGUCAAACAAAUCAUCGCCGAUCUCGCAACCGAGGCACCACACCGCAAAGGUCCUGCCGCGCUCUUUUUGAACAAUGACAAAGCUCCGGACGUGGAUUGCAUCAGUUACGAUUGGGACAACCCGGUAGUUGCCAACAAUCCGGAGACAAGGGCCUAUGCUACGAUGCUUGAGUCUUAUACGCACGUCAUGAAUGGCACCCAGAUAUUUGGUGCGGCGGGUUUCCCGAUUCAAAUUUCUCACGAGUGGCUUGCGAAGAUGAGCAUAUGGGUACGGGAGGAGUAG